AAAGGAAUUCCCGGAGUAGCAAGGAAAUCAGUGGAAAUGAAAUAUCCAAGCAAACGCGCCUUUCUGUCUAUGAAGUGUAGAGCCGGGAAUGAGUUUAUAAAAUCGCCCGCGUGUAUCUAAAGUAGUUUAUUAAAACGGGAAUUCGCAAAUGUUGCCAGCGUCGUUUGAUAAAAACUAGAUCUAAGAUUACAUUUGUUACGAAGGUACGUCAAAGCCGCGCACGAUCUGUAGCAAUGUGGGACUGGAAGUUACAUCCGUGGCGAACCUCGUGUUUCUCGCAUGAGUCGCUCCCGGGUUUUGAAUGAGUGAGUAACACUGAGCUCGCCUCGCCGGAAAGCAGGGGCACGUCGCUCGAAAGUGGACGCGAACAAACCGGAGAGGAAGACUGAGAAAGUCCGGUCGAGAUCUUCGUCGUACCGAUUGUUACUCCCCCUCCGUUGUUUUAUUACCUCAUACAGUGAGAGGCGUGGAAAGGCACCGACAGACCGCCCUCUAUGCUCCGUGAGAACUGGAAAGCACAAAACAUUGUCUCCUAAACACGUCGGCUUGCCGCCUGCCCCCCUUCAGGGCUUUUUUUCUACUCUUGUUUCUUUUUCCGGUGGGGGGAAAACAGCUGCGGCUUUGACGUUUAUCCUCUUUUUUCCGCGUCACUUGGAUUUUGUGUUUUUUUUUUUUAUUUGGGUGUUUUUAUUUUUGGGAAGGAUGGGGGGUCUGAUGGGAGGCUGGGAGCUCCUGGGUUCGGGAUGAGGCCUAACUAGUGCCGUUUGCCCCACUUAGUUGUAUUUCAACGGGGGAAAGAAAAUGAAAGUCCCGGUACCAAUGGGCAAACGAUCGCGGAACCUUGAUGGUAUAUUAUUUUGACAGGGAAUUAUUUCCCCCUGUUGUCUGUGUGUGGUUUUUGUUUUUAUUUAAGGUAUUAGGCUGUUUACAGUCGCUUGUUAGCCUCCUGGCUAACUAGGCACACUCCGUUUUCGAUUAAAAUGGAGACAGGAAUCCAGCAGCACACAGAGCAGUUUGUCCAUGACAUCUCUAACCCUGGAGCUCCGGGUUUAUGUCCGGAAAUGCUGGAGGUGGCGGAGGAAGCCUGUCGGGCCGGAGAUUUCGACCUGGCUGCAGAAAUCUACGGUUCUCAGCUGGCCGAUCUCCAGCAGCCCGAUCGGGGGCUUUGCCUCCGAAGAGCGGACUCUUUGGUCCGAGCAGGACGGAUAGCCGAGGCUCUCGACUCCUACUGCACCGCUGCUAAUUUGAAGAAACUCCGGCCGGAGGAAUUAGGACUUCUGGUAGAAAAUAUCGCCCGGACCCUGCGGGAGAAAGAGCUCCCUGCUUGGGGGAAGGAGAGCAGUCAUCAAAGCGAACUGUCUAAAAACCCACAGAAGCCUGAGACCAAAGCAAGCUCGAAAUCUUCCGGGAACGGGGGCACCGAGUGUGGCGGAGAAGCGCCGGAGGACGAGCAACCUCUGGACCUGUUUUCCUGUCACAUUUGCAAAUUGUUGCUGUCCGAACCCACAACCUUACUGUGCGGGCACACUUUCUGUAAGCGAUGCUUGGAGGACGACGGCGUCAGUGAGUGCAAAAGCUGCAGAUACAAGCUGAACAAAACGGACUCGCAGAUCCAGCCCGUUGGCUUUAGGGUUAACGUGAUUCUCAGCAGCCUGCUGGAGAAGUGGUUCGACUCGGAAAGUAAAGCCCGGCGAUACUGGCUGGAGGGAGAAGCUAUGUGGAGGGAAAAGAGCUUAAAGGACGCGCUGGACAAGUACAACAAAGCUGUAGAAUUAACACCAACUGAUGUCAUACUUCUUGGUCAGCGUGCCGAGCUCCAUAUGGAGAUGCAGAACUUCACUCAGGCGCUCAAGGAUGGUGACGCCAUGUGCCGGCUCCACCCUCACCUGGCCAAGCCAGUUCCUGGCGGAGCAGUCGCAGCGUUCUCCCCCCCCGCUCGGCCUCCCAGGCUGCCAGUCGCUGCCGUCCUGCGACCCGUCUCCCGGAAAGCUCACACCAGCCCGUGUCUGCAGGCUCACAGCACGAAGGCUGCGGCGCUGAGCCAAGCGGGGCGCCAUGAGGAGGCCCUGCAGGAGUACCUGCUCUGUAUGGCGCUCAAGCCCCACUGCACCUCCGUCAAGAUGGAAGCACAGAAGAUCCUCAGUGAGAUGUUCUCCUCCGUGUUCGAGAACGACGGCCUGCCUACACCGCUGCGGCCUCACCAGCCAGCCCGAGUCAAGCCGCCACCCCUACUUUUCCUGGGCUCUGCCCAGCGCCUCCUCUGCAGUGAGAGCCAGGAGGCGGGCUCCUCAAAGGACCCCCCGUUCCCGCGAGGCGACGGUCCCAUCAAGCUGCCCUUACAGCCAUCACCAGGCAAGCAUGAGACCCUGACCUCUGUACUCUCAGACCUCAAGAGGAAGGGGCCCAGCGACACUUCUGGCUUUGCCCCCCCCUGCAAGGUCCUCAGACAAGAAGCCCCCUGCUCCUCUCAGAAUGCCCCUGUACCCUCGCGGUGCAGAGCGGUGCCCCCACAGCUGCUGGAAAGUGCAGAUAUGGAGUGUUCCCUCUGCAUGAGGCUGUUCUAUGAACCAGUUGCCACGCCCUGCGGUCACACCUUCUGCCUCAAGUGCCUGGAACGGUGCCUGGACCACAAUCCAAACUGCCCACUGUGCAAAGAGAACCUAUCAGAGUACCUGGCCACCAGGGGGUACAAAAAGACCCUGCUGAUGGAAGAGGUGCUGCGGCGUUACCUGUCAGAGGAGCUGGCUGAGAGGAAGAAGAUCCACGAGGAGGAGCUGAAGGAGCUGUCAAACUUAAACCAGGAAGUGCCCAUCUUUGUGUGUACCAUGGCAUUUCCCACAAUCCCCUGCCCGCUGCACGUCUUCGAGCCACGCUACCGACUCAUGAUUCGCAGAUCCAUGGAGACGGGAACCCGGCAGUUUGGCAUGUGCAUCGCUGAUGAGCUGAAGGGGUUUGCAGACUACGGCUGCAUGCUGGAAGUGAGGAAUGUGAAGUUCUUCCCUGAUGGACGGUCGGUCGUGGACACCAUCGGAGUAGCGCGCUUCAAAGUGCUGAGCCACGGCCAGAGGGAUGGCUACAACACAGCCAAGAUUGAGUACCUGGAGGACCGCAAGGUGUAUGGGGAGGAGCUGGCUGAGCUGCUAAGACUUCAUGAUUCUGUGUACGAGACCGCCACCAGCUGGUUCACCUCGCUCAAGGACACCAUGAGGAACCAGAUCCUCAGCCAUUUUGGCAACUUACCAGCACGGGACCCCGACCCUCAGGGCUGCCCGAAUGGUCCGGCUUGGUGCUGGUGGUUGCUGGCAGUCCUGCCUCUGGAGAACCGGGCCCAGCUCAGCAUCCUGGCCAUGACCUCUAUGAAGGACCGGCUGCUGGCCAUCCGACGUGUCCUCAUCUACGUGACCCGCAAAAGGGCGCGGUGACGUCCCUGCCUGGCCCCGCCCCUAGGGGGCAGGGGUCACGCUAAUAUGGAUUCCCAAAGAUUAUGGGGGUCAGCCUGGGCUGUCUGAUAUGCCUCAUACUAGCGCUCGCAUCCCACAUGGGCUUAACUCUUAACCCUCUGCACUGCAAUUUGAGCCCCUCCACCACCACAGAUCCAUCUGAUUAACCCCCCUCCCCCAGUCUCUGCUCUUUUACUCUCAGGUCUGGGCUGUAUUCUGGGUUCUGACUGAUCCAUUUUUUUUUCUACGUCGUACAUUUUGAAGAGAAUGAAACCAAAUAAUUAGUCAAACCUGAAAAAGUAACUAGAAUGUAGGCUUUUUGUUUUUGUGCUGCUAUUCUGACUGCGGAACCCUAAAAGAGAGAACAUGUGAGCCCUGAAAAAUAUGAAUUUUGGAACGUCUGGUCUGUUACUUGGGGCUCCACUCGUUUCGUCUGACGUUUGGAGGUGUUUGUGACUUUUUGAAAGUGUUACCAUUUUUGUGAUUGUGUGAUUUUAUGUUCUGCCAUUGUUGCACAAUGUUGUAUUUGAGUCUAAAAAUCAAGUGGAACUCUAGUAGGCAGGGCUUCUGCAUCACUCACAAAUCUGGACCAAUUAGCUUGGAACAGAAAACAGUUGACCAACUUGAAUGGUUGACCCAGCAAUGUUUGGUCAUGGCGGCCUGGUGCUAGAGCACCACUGAGACACCAGUGCUGUGCACAUGUAAAUGUAGCAUCCUUCACCUCAAGUUUACAUGCAAAGGCUACUGCCGUCACGGUCCGAGGCUGUCUGCGUUUUCGUAGACGUUAGAGGAAUGCACUGCUCGACUGGGUUUGAGGCUUUGAGGGACUGAAGGUACAGGUGUGGUUGCCAGACUGCACCACGCUGAACUGCAGUGGCUGGCCUGUCGCUUUGCGGUUAAGCCAAACUCUUCCAUCAGGCUGCGUGCAGUCUACUUUUGGAGUGUGUUUCGUUUUGUCUCCCAUGUUUUAUCUUGUUACAAAUGUCUUUUUUUUUGGAAAUGUGUAUCACUGGGUGUGUAUUUUGUAUGGUUGUGUUUACCUUCUUUAUUCGGUCUCUGAAUCUCCUCAGAGCUGGUGUGCUGUGGCUCUGUCAAUGAGAGUGUUGGUGCCGCCCCUGUUGUUUACGUUGGAGUUCGCUCCUAGACCAGGGGGAUGGUGGUGGCUGAGGUCAGACUUGCACCCCUUACUGUGAAGCCUUUUUGGUUGUUUUUUUUGGUAGAUGCAGGUCCCUCCUGGCUGCCUUCAAACUUGCCAAGUGAACGUCUUUUCAUUGUGAAAUUCUCCUGGGGGUGAGAGGAUUGUUACUGACUGAAUACUUGGUGAUCAAGGGAACUGUGCUGAAAUAGGUGGUUGUUCACUAUUUUCAAAGCACUUCCCUCGGUUUGGUAGUACGGGAUUAUUUUAUGGUCCUGUUUUCCUUUAGGUUUUGGGUAGCUUACUGGUAAUUGGCUUUUAAGGUUGAAUUUGCAUUAAUCCAGACCACCCUCAAGUAUGACUUUUUAUAAUUUUGAAUGAUCCAGUCAAAAUGGUACACAGAUAAUUAGUUUGCAGUUAGCUUUGAUAAAUUACUGCAGUUUUAUGUUUUUAUUAUUUAUUUAUUUUUUUUCUCAAUGUCUGUAUAUGUACUUGACAUUGUUGGUUUUUGUCUCAUUGACCCAAGUGGAUAAUUUUACCGUAAUUGUUUCUGGAACAAUGUACAAUUUGAGGCCUUUACAUGUUUUCUGUAAAAUAGUCUUCUUACACAUUUUAUUUCUAACCUCUGCGUUUGCCAUUUCCUAUGUAUAUCACACAAAAUGCUGCAUUUAUCGUAGUAUUUGUACAGUAAAAAGAUUUAAUUUAUUUUGUAUUUCAAUAAAACACCUGAGAUAUGAUUUGUCUGUG